CAAAUCACACUAGAAGAUAUUUUUUUAACAUCUAACUUUAUAUAAAAAUAGUUGACAUAAAUUUUAUAUGUAUUUCGGAUAGUGGUUAUUUCCGGAUGCUAGAUAUUUCAUCCCAGUUAUAUUUAAAUUAUCAGUGAUUUUUUAUUUUUUGUUCUAUGACAGCCUAACCAAAGCCCAAGACACAGUCUGACAGAUAUGGGAAUUCAUAUACUCCAAGUGUUUCAACAACAGCAAAAGAUGUGUGGCAGAUGUCUAACAAGAUUAUUGAUGAUACAACUGCGGAACAGGCAAUUCUUAUCAAAUUCUGCUGCCUCACCAGUAUAUCAUCUAAAAUCCAGAGGGCUUAUUAAAGUUCAAGGCCAGGACACAGUCCCCUUUCUGCAAGGGCUGGUUACAAAUGAUGUGUCUCUGCUUGGGUCAGAGGUCAGAUCACAGUAUUCCAUGCUCCUUAAUGUACAGGGCCGUGUGAUAUGUGAUCUGAUGCUGUACACGGCCAGUGUUGUCCAGGGUCAAGAGAGCACAGUGCUUAUGGAGUGUGACAGGACACUGAUGGAGCAAGUCAUAAGUACGCUGAAAAAGUACAAGAUAAGGAGAAAGGUUUCUGUGGAGGAUAUAUGUGGGAGUCACAGAGUAUUGUCCAGUUGUGACCCUGCUGUAUCCAUUGUCCCCGGAGGAGAGGCUAUAACGGUUACAGAUCCCAGGGUGCCUGCAUUCGGAUCUAGAAUUAUCAUAAAUAAUGAUUCUCCCAUUGAGAUUGACAUCUCAGAGGAUGAGAGGGGCUACCAUGAACGCCGUCUGCAGUGGGGGAUACCAGAGGGGGUACAUGAUCUGCCUCCUGGGAGUGCUCUCCCCUUGGAGGGUAACCUCGUCUACAUGAACGGAGUGAGUUUCUCCAAGGGUUGUUACCUGGGUCAAGAGCUGACAGCCCGGACUCAUCACACAGGAGUUACCAGGAAACGUCUCAUGCCCGUAGUCUUUGACAGAGACCCCGGGUCCAUUGAACCAGGCCAAGACAUUCUCAAUGCCAGUACCAAGUCAGUAGGCAAGUUCCGAAGUGUGAUUGGUCAAUAUGGCAUUGGACUUAUGAGAGUUGCUGAGAUUUCAGGGGAGCUAACUUUAGCCAAUAAGUCAGGGGAGACAAUUUAUUUAAAUGCUGUUAAACCAAAUUGGUGGCCAAAUGAGGGGGUUUGAACAAAUGUAACUGAUUGAUAUUGCUGUAGCCUGCUUAAACUACACUCUCUUUCAUACAUGUUGGAUAUAAAGUACAGGAGUACUACCAUCAUCAAUGUUUUUCAGUUUUAGAUUGUGUUUUGUAAUAUUGUAAACCUAAUAUUUGUUAUUCCAGACUUAAAUACUUGCAAAAAAUCCAAAUAUUAUGAAUAACAUUCUAAUGAUAAACAUUAUAUUACAUGAAAUCUUAAUUUAUCUUAAUUUGUCUUAAUUUAUUUAAGAAUAUAUAUUUCACUAUCAUUCAGUUUGAAUACAUUUGUUGAUGUUCAUGUAAAUCUGUGAACAUAAAUGGUAAUUAUCCACAAGAUGUAUUAUUCAAUAUCAUAUGUUAUUUUCCUAUUAGACUGCUGUAAUAUCUGUCUUUGUAGAAGAUCCAAUUCUUUACAGUUCCAUUAAUGUUUUCAUCAACUUAGAUGAAAUUGAUUUUAUCUUUUAAUCCAAUGUUUGCUACUUAUAUUUCAGCCAAUGAACCUAAUUUUGUUAUUUAUUCCAUUGUACCCCCAAUUACAUAGUAAAGGGACUGUAUGUUGGAAUCACCAUGGAUAUUUAUCAAUCUUUGUAUGUGUCUGUUACCACAAAUUUGUUUGUAGGCGUUCUAAAUUUUUUAACGUAAAACAUUCAAACUUUCAGGCAUGGUUCCUUAUGAUGUAAAGUAAUAAAUGUGCUUUUUAUGAUCCUGCAUUAAAGAUUUUAAAAGUUAUGCUCCCUUUUCAACAUAAACAUUCUCAAACAUAAUUCAACAUUCUCAGACAAAUUCUCGGGUAUUUGUCACUAUUGUGAUUUGUAAUGGGUGUUGACAAUCAGUGUUAAAACAGCGUUUUAACAAUAGUUUUUAGCUCACCUAAGCACAAGGUGCUCAAGGUGAAGUUUUAUCAUUGCCUUUUGUCAGUUGUCCGUUGUGCCUCCUCAACAUUUACCUUGUUAUCACUCUAGAGGCUACAUUUAUUGUCCAAUCUUCAUUAAACGUUAUCUGAACAUGUGUCACAAUGAUAUGUUGGAUGAGCUUGAAAAUGGUUCUGGUCCAUUGAAAAACAUGGCUGGCUGGGGGCGGGGCUUUUUUAUUUAUAAGGCCUUGUUCACACUCUAGAAGUCACAUUUAUGGUCCAAUCUUUUUGAAACUAUGUCACAACACUUUUUCUAAUGACUUCUGAUGGCUGAGCUAAACAAUUCUUAAGGUUUGUUGAAAAUCAUGGAAGCCUGGGGUCAGGGCAGUUUUCCUAAUAUGACUAUAUUGAAAAUUUGUUGACACUAUAUUAGCCACAUUUAUUGGCCAAUCUUCAUGAAACUUGGUCAGAACAUUCGUCUGAGAUUGAAACAGGCUCAUGUGAGUUCAAAAACUAAAUCACUAGGUCCAAUAAAAUACCGCUUACAUGUUAAUACUCUAGAAGUCACUUUUUUGGUCCUAUCUAAUGAAUCAGCUCUCACUUUCAGAGAAUAGUCUAGUUCCUUUGGGUCUCAGGUGAAGGCUUUAGGGCCCAUGACCCUCUUGUGUUAAUUUAGUACUCCACUAAUCUUAAAGAAAAAAUAUCCAUUUUAUUUUUUUCAUGUAUGUUCAUGUAUGGGAAUUAAAUGAUAAUGUGCAUGAAAUGUAUUGCCUCAUAAACAUUUAAUAAAUACAAAUGUAUUAA